ACGUACACGCGCCGCUAUGUCACUGUGCGCGAAGAGCGUGUAAAAAAUUGACGCCAGUUUGAGUUGACACUGACAGAGUCCCAGCGUCAGCUCCAAUUUAACCUAGGUGCCAUGGAGGAGCCCACACAGGACUCCUUCGCUGACGACGCACCUGUCGUUGGCAAGCGCCGCUCAUCACUUGGCGCCCUUGCAAAAAUGAAGCCGGUCGGCAAGCUGAAGGCCAUGUUUGAGGACAAAGGUAUCGCUAAACAGCGUCAGAAGGACAGCAGUAUCCUGGCAAAGCUGAAGCCGGUGUCGGCCAGCCAUGACGUCUCGUCGUUCUCAGCGGCAGUCGCGGACACGGCGUUCAACGGGCCUCACACCAUCUCUAUUCCAGCGCCGUCAGACCAGGCACCCAGCACUCCCACGCAGCCCCUGUUCGCGCUGCUGCCGGCUGCUCACGGUACCCUGGUGGAGGACGGGCGCAACGAGUCCCUGGGCAGCGAGAUGGACGCGAAAGCCACCAAGUCCCCCAGCUCGGGUAACUUCUUCAAGCGCAGCUUCAGCGGCUUGAAGAAGGCGCUCACCCCCAAAAGCUCGUCCGGCAAGCACAAGCACGGUGCUGCCAGCCCUGGCUACGCCGGCAGUGAAACCGGCGGCCUCUCGCCCAGCCCUUCCGGCCUCCUGCCUUUCGUCAGCCGCCAGCCCUCGUCCAGCUCCAUGGACCUCAACGUGCGCAGCGACCAGGCCGCGCCGCUCCAGCCUGCGCUACGGUCGCCAACCCCCUCCGUGAGCUGCGAUGCCCAGACCGCGCUGGAGGAGCAGGAGUGGACGGCGGAGCGCUCGCGGGAGGGAAGCAUCGAGGUGCAGUCAGAGAUGAAAGCAGCGAGGCCGCCCCGCCCGCCGUUGUCGCCCCGCGUGUCGCCUAGCGGCUCCAUCCUGGAUGGCAUGGCGGCGCGCGUGACUGUGUCGCCCCACGCCCGGUCCCCUUCCGUCGCCGCCACCAGCAUGGCCGACCCGGCCACGCCCUGCGCCGGUCAGCUUGACACGCCCAGCGCUGCGCCCUCGCCCCUCGCUGCUGAGGCCUCACCCAGCCCAGAGGAGGAGGACUCAGCCGUCGCGUCGCUGUCCGCCAGCCCCACCAUCCCUGACGGCCCCUCCAGCGACACACACAUGGCGGCUCUGGCUGAGGCCGCCGCUGCAGCUGGUGCGACGCCACUGCCCUUCGGCCUGGCCGCCGCAGAGGCCGCAUCUGAGGCGGGCGCUGCGGAUGAGGAUACUGUGCCGGCGAACGGCUGCGAGCUGGUGUUCCCCAGCCUCGGUACCGAUGCCGGCGCCUCCUCACCCGGCGGCAUGUCAUCGUUACCGCACUCCAGCGGCGGCGCCAGCGACGCCAUGGCCACCGCCAUGCUGAUGGCCUGCGACCAGCCCGUGCCUGCUGCCCGCUCCUCCAGUGCGCGCGGCCUGCAUCUGGACGUCGACGCUGCCACCGCUGAGACGGUGGCGAUUGGCGAAGACGCUAGCGCUGACACCAUCACGCCCACCGGCACCACCAUUCCGGCGGUGGAGGCCUGCAUUGACGGCCUCACGCCCGUCUGUGACAGCAGCGUGCUUGCCUCCGCUGGCGCCGUCGCUGUGGGCACUGCGGCCAGCGAGACGGCUGCGUACACCACUGCCGUGGAGGAUGCGGAGAUGGCGGCCGCGGAGCCUACCACCGCUGAGGCUGCCGCUGAAGUGGCGGAGGUCUUAGCUGAGGUGGAGACGGUGCAGUUGUACGAGCCGACGGCGGCCUGCGAGGCAGCGGCCAACGACAUGGAGAUGGAUGAGGUGGUGCUCGCUGCUCCUGCCGCUGUGGAGGCGGCGGCCGAGCCCGCUGCCUGCAGCUCGCCGCCGCCGGCAGACUCGGUGCCGGCCGCCGUGGCGGCUGUGCCGCAGGUGGCGCCGGUGGCUGCCAGCAUCGAGCUGUCCGAGCCCGCUGCCGAGGUCGCUGCCUGCCCUGCGGCCGGGUUGCCGCAAGAGCCAAUCAAGGCCGCAGCGGCGCCGCCGCUGGUGGUGGAGCCACGGCCUGUCGCCGCCGAGCAGCCGGCAUGCCCGGCAGCGCUGUCUGCGGCUGCGGACGAGGAGAUGAUGGACUGUGGCGACGCGGCCACUGGGCUGGCCGAACCCCAGGUCGCUGCCCUGGAGCUGCCUGCUGCAUCUAAGCCGUCGAGCGCCGCCGUCAUGCCCACCACCUCCCAGCCCACUGCGGCAGCGGCUGGGCAGCCAGCGCCUGCCCCGGAGACUGUUGAAGCCGCGGCGGAGCUGCCAGCGGAGCCGGCUGAGCUGGCUGCCAGGCCGGCGCCUGGCGUCACGGAGGAGGACACGGAUGAGGCUUCUGCGCAGGAGCCUGUGCCCAUCGCUGAGGCCGCAGAGGAGCCAGCUCAGGAGCAGGAAACUGUCGAGGCUUCUCCUGCCUUCGAGCCAGCGGCUGCUGAGACCGCGGCCGUGGCCGUGCUGGAGACGACAGCUGAGGCUGUUGCCGAGCCCCUCGCCGUGCCUGCUGCUGAGACUGCCGUGGAGCCUGCCCCCAUCACCACCGCGGCUACGGAGGCGCCGCCUACUGCCUGCUUCGAUGUCGACAUGGAUGACGUGGAGGCGUUCGAGUUCGAGCCACUGGAGGACGCCACGCAGCAGUUUAGCCCCGCGCAGCAGGCGGCCGCUAUGGCCGCGUCGGAGGUGGCGGUGGUCGCAAUUGCUGAGGCUGCGGAGAUGCUUCCUGUCAUCCUGGAGGACAGCGCGCCGGCUGUUGAGCUGGCCGCGUCGGCCGCUGCUGAGGAAGCGGCCGAGGUUGCAGUGGCGGAGAACGAGCCGGUGGUUGGUGCGGCGUCCGUACGGUCGGAGCCCGCGGCGGACGACUUCGUGCCCACAUCCACCGCUGGGCUGGAGGCUGAGGUCGCCGAGGUGGUCGAGGUGCCUGCCACUGCCGUGGAGGUGCCCGGUGCCGAUGAGCCGGCGGCAGCUGAGCCGGCAGCAGCUGAAGUGGCGGCCGAUGCCGCCGCCGCUGAGGAGCCGACCACCAACGCCGACCGCGCUAACGCCGACGUGGACAUGAUGGACACGGAGGCCGUCUCCGGCCCCGCCGCCAUUGAGGCGGUGGAGAGCGAGACCACAACGGUGGCGGCUCCCGCUGCCGCGCUGCAGGAGGCCAUGGCCGCUGAGUUCGUGGCCGUGCAGUCUGAGGUGGCUGAGGCCGUGGCCGAGCCAGUGGCUGAGCUGCAGCAGCCCGACCAGCCCGUCGGCGAAGUUGACUGUGUGCCGGCUGUGGUGGAGGUGCCGGCCGAGCUGGAGGCCGCUGCUCCUACCGUCGCUGAGCCAGAGGUGCAGCCGGAGGUGCAGCUGGGGAUGCAGCCGGGGACUAUCAGUGAGCCGCAGCCUGCUGCUACCGCCGCCGAGGCAGCGACUGAGAACGGCACCGCCGCUGCCGUGGCCUCGCCCGUGCAGCAGCAGCGCCCGUCAAUGCCCGAGGACGACCCCAUGAUGGUCAGCCCCAUGCUGGCGCGCCUAAGCCUGGCGCCGCCGCCGGCAUUCGUCUCGGCACCCGAGGACGCAGGCGCAGCCGGCGAUGCUGUUGGCACGCCCGUGUCGGCCGCGCGCAGCACGCCCGGCAUGCCCACGCCCAUCAGCCCCGAGACGGCGACGGUUGGCGUGCGAGCCUUCCAGCUUGAUGACCUGGAGGCCGAGGCCGAGCAGGCUGUCGCCGAGGGCGCCGCGUCCUCGGGUGCGGCUGAGGUCGACGGGCCCAUGGCCGCACAGGCGGAGGCUGAGGAGGCGCAGCCUGUGGCUGCAGACGAGGCUGUGAUGGAUGUGCCGGAGCCGGUUGCCGAGAUGCCUGCCGCCGACCUGGCGGUGGCCGUGGAGGUGACGGCCGAGGUGGCGGCUGUUGAGCUGGAGGUAGUGGAGGAGGCUGCCGCCCCCGCAGCGGAGCUGGACGUGCCGAUGGCCGACUCGCUGGAGGACCUGGAGUCGGAGUGGGGCAAUGGCGACCUGCUGGACGGCGGCGACCUGCCCCUGCCGCAGGCCGUGUCAUCCCCGGUCAGCACCGGCAAGUCCAAGGAGAAGGACGCUAGCGCAUCCACUCCAGGCGUGCCUUCCAGCCGCAAGGUGGCGCCCGACGUCACUCUCAUGGUGAACCGCGAGUCGCUGGACCUGGUGUCGCUGCGCGCCUCAAUGGUCAAUCGCGGUGGGCUGGGCGAGAGCCUCAUGGCCGAGUCGCUCGACAGCUUCGAGCACGGCCUGAGCAUGGGCGGCGGCGUGAACACCAGCAGCAGCAUGAGCUUGGCCAAGAGCCGCCACGUCUUCCCCUUCUUCCCCAUGGCGCCCGUCACCGAGGCUGGCGAGGGCGAGCAGGAGGGCGAUAUGCCCAGCCCCGCGGCCAAUUGCGCCACCGGCGGCUUCAACUUCGAUGUGCCUGCCGUUGCGACCGCCACCGCCGCUGCCUCGCCAGCGUCGCCCGCGCUGUCCUUCGCGCCGCCGCCAGCGGCAGCAGCCACGCCCGACGCCAUUCCCACGCCUGGCAUGCAGCCGACGGGUGCGUCCGGUGCCUUUGCCAUGACCCCCUUGGGCCGCACGCCUGGUGUGCCCACACGUGCUGGUGUCGCUGCCACACCUGUGGCCGCGGCCUCGGGCUCCCAGGUCAAGCCCGGCUCCGCCAAGCCCACGACGGCCGCUGGUGGCAAGCCCACUGCUACGCCGUCAUCGGCACUCAAGGCCCUGGCGGCCGCUAGCGCUGGUACCGCUGGCGCCAAGGCCGCACCAUUGGCUAAACGCCCAACUCCAGCCAUUGGUGGCAAGCUGGUUGCCACGCCAGGACAGGUCCCUGGCGCUGGGACUGCCACGCCCACCGUGGGCCGCACGCCUAGCUACACAAGCCUCCACACCAGCACCCCUGGCGCUGCUGUGCCUGCCGCGGCGGCCACUGCCCGCACCCCGGUGCCCACCCCGGGCGUGGCCCCCAGCGCUGCCAACGCAGUGCACGUGAAGACGCCUGGCUUGAGCCCGCUGCCGGCCAGCAACAUGCCCGCCGCUGCCCGUGCUCGCGCCACGCCGCUGGCUGCUGCCGGUGCGGCCGGGGUGCAGGCGGUGCCAGUGGCUGGCCGCUCGGUCGGCAUGGGCACCAACCUGUUCGACACGCCUGUGAUGAUGCGUGCCACAGCGGCGCCGCUGGCCGACUCGCCCUUCCCAGACUUUGACCUGGACACCAUGGACAUCUCGGCAGAGGCCUCCCGCGCCGCCGCCAUGCUGGGCCCCGCACAUCAAGCGGCCACGCCUGUUCCGUCGGGCGCUGGACGGACAGCCUCGUCAACGGCGCCAACUGUGGCCGGCACGCCCACCACGUCGGUGCUGGAGGUCCACGUGCAGAUGCUCACCAACAAGCUGGCGGAGGCGGAGGCCAACAACCAGCGCCUGCAGGACGAAAACAACAUGCUGCGCGACCAGUUGUCGACGCUGCAGUUCCAGAGCAACAUGACGGGUGACCUGGACAUGGAGCGGGAGGCGCGGCAGUUCCUGGAGCAGGAGCUGUCAGUGGUGCGGCACCGCAUGGACUCGCUGGAGGCCGACCUGCGUGCCGCGCAGGCAGAGGCCAAGCGCCGGGAGCAGGUAGCGGCGGACACGGCGACCGCUCACCAAGCUGAGGCCGCCGCGUGGGCGCAACACGACGCGGAGGCGAGGCUGAGCCUGCAGCAGAAGGACGAAAAGAUGAAGGCGAUGCAAGUGGAGGUGGACGCCGCGCGCGGCAUCGUGGAGCAGGCGGAGGCGCGUGUGGCAGAGGCCAACAACAAGGCCGCCGCCGCACAGGCCAAGAGCGAGGAGGAGUCGGGCAAGCUCAAGGACCUGCAGGCGACGCUGGGCGUGCAGGCGCACCAGCUCGUCCAGGCGCAGCGCGCACGUGACGAGGCGGAGGCCAGGUUCACCAAGGCUAUGGACCAGCUCAUCAACGCGCAGACGGCGCACAAAAAGCAGGUGGUGGAGUACGAGCACAAGCUGCAGUCGCUUAACACCGUGCUCCAACAAGCCACGGAGCUGCGGGACCGCUACAACAAGCUCAAGCAGGCCGCCAUCGAGUUUGAGACGCGGGCAAAGACGGCGGAGGCCAAGGCGCAGGAGAACGCGGCCGCAUUGGCCACUGCCCAGACGGAGAAGGGAGAGCUGCUGCGCAUGUGCAACGAGCUACUUACUCAGCUGGAGGCCAGCAAGGCCAAGCGAUGAGUGCGCAGUGCGGUUGAGGCAAGCGUUGUGGGGGUACAUACCGUAUGCGGUCGUAGGUUGCGUUUGUGAGGGGCUGCGUUCGCGGGCAAGCGACAAGACAAGUGUGGCAGAGGUGUUAAUGCCAGUGCGCUCAAGUCGGUUAGGAGUACCAACCACAGUGCUCAUACCUGUUGCGGUGAAACGGAGGCAUCAGGGGGCAUGGGUUCGUGGCGGGGCAUCCCCAUCGUCACGGUGUGUGCGCACAUUUGCGCACGGUUAGUAUAAGCUGUCACGCAGGAGAAGUACUAGACCGCUGUGAAUUCAAUUGCAAGGAUAUCCAAUUGACGUUUAUAGCUGGGACAGAGGCCAACGCAACUGUGCUUGGCAUGCUCUGUAAAAUAACGGCCCA